UAGUCUAUGCUUUUAGCCGAUUGUGUUUAAGCGUUUACUUUGUCGUAAACAUAAGUUUUUUUUACUAAACGUUAUUAAUUUAUGUUUGAAUAAUAUACAUAAAAAAAAUUAGCUAUGGCAGAUGUUCUGGACAUUGAUAAUGCGGAAGAAUUUGAAGUAGAUGACGAAGGCGACCAGGGUAUUGCUCGUUUGAAGGAAAAGGCGAAAAGGAGAAAAGGUAGAGGACAUGGAGCAGAAUUGGUUUCUACACGCGAUGAUGUUCGUCAUUAUGAGUCGAUGAAUAUUGUGGAAGAGGACGACGAUGAACCGGGUCCACAAAGAUCUGUAGAAGGCUGGAUUUUAUUCAUAAAUUCAAUCCAUGAAGAAGCACAGGAAGAUGACAUUCAGGACAAAUUUUCUGAAUUUGGACAAAUUAAAAAUUUACACCUGAAUUUAGACAGAAGGACAGGAUUUCUAAAAGGAUAUGCUUUGGUAGAGUAUGAGACAUUUAAAGAGGCUCAAGCAGCUAAGGAAGCAUUGAAUGGAAAAGAAGUCUUAGGACAACCUAUUUCAGUUGAUUGGUGCUUUGUGAAAGGACCAAAGAAAAUAAAGAAGAGAAGUCACAGAAGACGAUGAGAAAGGAAGCAAUUAUUAUUAAACAAAAUUUUUACAUUCUACUGUGUACAAUCUAUUAAAUUAAGGUGACUUUGUAUUUAAGAUAUAAAAAAUGAAAUUAGUUACAUAAUCUGUAACAAAAAUUACUUAACUAUAUUUUAGAAAUUCUGUUUAAUUAAAAACAAUGUAUUGGAAUGAAUCAAUUUAGGUUUGUAAAAGUAAAACGUUAAAUAAA